AUGGGAUUUUCUCGCUGCCCAUCGUUAGCGAUUGCAAUGGCGCUCGCAGUGCUCGCAGCGGGCACGAAUUGUGCGACUGCGCAGCACAUCCAGGCCUUUUUGGAGGCCCACAACCAGGAGCGGAUGCAAAUGGGCGUGCCGGCGCUCCACUGGGACGACGAAGUGGCGGCUUACUCGCUGUGGUGGACGAACCACCAGAAGGAUUACGAGAGCUGCGCGAUGAGGCACUCGGACGGUCCCUACGGCGAGAAUCUCUUCUGGGGCAGCCCGGGAAAGGAAUGGUCGCCGCAUGAUGCUGUCAAAUCUUGGGUUGAUGAGAAGCAGCACUUCAAUUACGAGGGAAACAGCUGCGCCCAGAUGUGUGGUCACUACACGCAGCUUGUCUGGAGGGACUCGACGAAAUUGGGAUGUGCCACCGCGACUUGCCCCAACGGUGACACUCUCAUCUCCUGCAAUUACGACCCGCCCGGGAAUUACAUCGGCCAGCGCCCCUUCUGA